CAAAUUAAGUGAGCCCGACCCCUCUCUCCGUGAGUCGCCCUAAACGCCUGUAUUUUGAAUAUGCGGUAAAGUCUCCAAAACCCCUGCAGACAAAGCGCGAGACUGGCUCUCACAUUCACCAUUUCCAUUCAUUUCAACCAUCGUCAAACCAAAACAAAUGGUGAAGAUACCAUGGAAGAUAAUACCAAAACCAUUACUCGAAACCAUUUUAAACAAUCAUGCUCAACAUCACUGCGUUCCUCAACCUCUCAUCCUCCAUGGCCCUCGUGGCGUUGGCAAAACCACAAUAAUUCUCGAACGGCUGCUUAAAGAUUGGAACAAAGGACCCCAUCUUACAGGCUACGUAGACUUUGCCGAAUCAAUCAAAGAUCACCACCCCCAAUACAACCAGUCGUUCCCUUGGUCGUCUUGGUCAAACUGUGAUCCACCCACUUUAUUAAACUGUAAAACCCAGCUCGAGACCUGCCUUGAAUCAAUGACGCAAGAGGGUAUCAAAUUGGGCAUCAUUAGUUCACACCAAAUCUACUCCACUCUCAACAAGUGGCAUGGACUUGACACUGCCCUUCGGAGGAUACUUCAUAGUAAAAGCAAGAGUGUGAAAAAUGCGAUUUCUAAUAAGGUUUCUGGGUCUGUUUUAUGGGAGCGAGCUGUUUUCGCGCUAUCUGCUCGAUUAAAUGCCGAAGAGAUUGAUGGGGUUUUGGAGUUGAGAGAUAAGGGAAAGGGUUUGUCCCUAGAAGAGGAGGCAUAUUUUCGAGAGGCGCUUGUGGCGUUAAGAUUGGCCAAGGAGGUCAUAAAGAUGCAGCAAGAGUGGAGAGCUAAUGCUAUUGCUCAUUUGAAUAGAAGCGGUGGCUUUUCGAGGUCUUUGGCAAAUUCUUGUACUGAUUGGCCUUAUUUGUUGAUCGAGUUAUUAUCACAAGCUGCCGAGAUUGAUCAUUUUCAGCCGAAGCUGGUUAUAAACAAUAUUGACGUGCUUCAGAAUGCAAUUUUAAAAGAUGAUUCAACAGUCUGUGCGUCAAUGUAUCAUGACAGUCUGAUAUGGAGAAUAAUUGCUUUGGGUGUGAAUGAGCGUUGCCUCCCUGUCAUACUUGUAACUUCAGAUAGCUAUUAUUCGUACAAGGCCUACAAGGAUUUUGGAUUUCCAGAAGUAUUCAUUUCUCGUGAGACAUUUGGUUGGACUCCACAAGAAGCUAAAAUUCACAUGGUUCCUGAUUACUUUAGCCAGUCAGAGUGGACCAUGAUUGUUGAGGUUCUUGGGCCAAACCCUCGCCAUCUAUUUGAACUUUAUGCACUCAAGCAAAGCAAUUAUUACCAGAAGGUGAUGGAAUACAACGCCAGUACAUUUGAGGACAUUGUAGAUGCUUAUUUAGCCUACUUGCAAGUUACUGUGGUCAAUCCUGCCAUGGAUAAAGCUUUGCUGUUCCUGCAAAAAUUUGCUGAUGAUGCAAAAAGUGGAAGAAUUCCAAAAGACAGGUUACCCUUUGGAGCUCCUUGGAGGCAUCCUCCUCCAACAGAUGACGCUGCUGUUCUGAAGGAGUGGGCUAAGCUUCAACUAAUGGAUUUUGUUCAGUCUCUUGUCCAUGCAGAAUUUGGGAUUAACUAUAUAGCUGACUAUAGCCUUGAGAUCUUUGAUGACCCUGCUGCUAUUGCAAUGAUUGAGUCCAGGUUGGUUUGCUCUAUGCUCAGAGAGAUCCGUCCUUCUUGCGCCCUAUUUCUAGAGGUAUUCUGAGGUGUCUUGUGAGAUGGCUUGUCCAGGAGAGAAUGCAAUUGAGUUUCUGGAACCUGCUACAGUUUUUCUGGCAUCGAACCAUACGUGGCCGUAGCUAUCGCCAUUUGAUGCUACAGGAAAGAACAUAAGAGCUUACUUUGGUAGAGCCAUGCACAUUCAGUGAGGCAGUUCUCUCUUGAAGUUACUUGAUAUAUUUUUCCAGAAUGCAGACAUUAGUAAAACCUACAAUGGUCGAUUCUUCCAAGAGUUUUGAAGGACUGCUGUCCUGGAGAAGGCUUCUUUUUAAGUAAUUAAGAUCCUACUAGUCAAAAUAAAUUUUCGUUCACAGAUGAGUUAUUGGUGCGUAAUAAGGUGAGUGCUGUCAUUACCAUUUCCAUGAACUGAUCAAAGAUCUCAUUCAACAUUAUUUUUUCCCAAAGUCAACCACUUUUUUUUACACAAAUCUUUUCAAUCCACCCUAUCGAAGAAGAUAGACCGUUGUUUUAAUUUCAGAUCUGGUCUUGGCUUGUGGCCCUUGAAUGUAUAUUACUAAGCUAAAAUGAAAUGCAAUUCAUAUUUUAUUGAAUAAAACUUCUGAUGAUUAAA